CAAUCAGGGAGGACCACCGUGAUACUCCCUCGUCAUCUCUUUGCUUCUUUCCUCUCUUCAUCCAUCAACAUCAAUCUAUAUCAUCCCAUCUUCCACUGUCCUGGAGAAAAGGAAAAGCACUACCACUCUUCUCAUUAGGUCAGAAACACAGUUCUUCUGUAGUCACACACUCAUAUUCGUUGAUUAGAAAAGUUUAUUGUUGCACUAUUGGGACAUUGUAGAGGGAUCCAGUUCGCUGGCGAUGGCAGCGGCGGCCCGCAGGCGCCAUGGCAACAUGCCCCAAAGGCGGGCGACUUUGUUGCCGCGGGGAUUCCAGCGCUCCAUGGCCAAACGGGUAACAUCGACCGCAACGGAGAGACAGCCCACUGGGAAGACUGAGACUACUGGCCCAAACCUGGUAACCACAACAGGUGCACCGAGGCAGACAACACAGCAGCCUGGCACUAUUCAGCCCUGUGGGAUAGAAAUGGGGCCAGGUUGGACAUUUAUCUGCAAAGCCAAGAUGUCCCCCUCAUCCCCUCAGCAGCGUCAAAAUCACCCUGACACAACCAUCGCUCCUUUGACAGUCUGUCAGACAGAGCCCGACAUACAGAGUUCUCAUGUAUGGGUCCAUAGUGGGAAGAACAGAGAGGCUGAUGGGAAUAACAGAACCAUAGCAGCUUCACUGGAGAGAAUCAGGAUCCAUCCAGAGUCCCAGAGGAUUUUGGGCAGUUCCUGUGUAGCCACUGUGCGUCUGGAGCGUCUGACGAUCAAACUUGACCCCGGACAGUCAGUUGCCCUGUCAAUGGUACCGCCACUGGUGUCUUUGGUGUCACUGUUACGCCAACCACACUCAGAGUUGCUGACGGAGGACGCUGCGGCGCCUCUGCCGGCAGUCAUUACCCCAGAGGAGCAUGUCCAACAGACAGGGUCCAGUCUGGAUUUCCAGCAGAGUUCAGCAAGCAGAGAAGAGUCAUCUGGAUCAGAACCAGGGGCCUCUGGGAUGGAGCCAACACAAAUACAGGGGCCCCUUUGGACUGAACCACCACACCUUCAGGAGAGACCUGCACUCCCAUCGCCCCCUAUAGGACAAGCACCAGAAUCAGAUCUAGUACUCGACUUGGAAUCUGAAUCGGAGUCUGAAUUGGUUCCAGAUCUGAAAUCUGGCUCAGAUUCACUGGAAAUAGAAUCAGACCUGGAGCCAAAGUCAGAACUGAAUCAGCCAAUGGAGUUAGAUCCAAAGUUGGAGUCAGAAACAAAACUGGAAUCUGAUUGGGUGCCAGCAGAUGGGGAGAACAGUGAGGGGGCUCAUGUGGGGCAGUGCGCAUCUAUCGAUGGGUCUAUAGUGUCCCAGGAGCAGCCUGAGAACGAGAAAGGGGCAGCAGGGAUGGAGAGUGAGGAUUUCUGUGCGGUGUGCUUCACUGGGGGCGACUUGCUGUGCUGCGAUGGCUGCCCUAAGGUCUACCACCUCUCCUGCCACAUACCACCCCUCCGAAGCUCCCCACUGGGCGACUGGGUGUGCACAUUGUGCCGGAGUGACCAAGAACCUGGGGUGGGCUAUGACUGUGAGACCAUACAUCCCUCGACAGACCACCAGGGGGCAGGCACACCAUACACACUGUCCAGCAUGGACCAAAGAAGGUGUGAGAAGCUGACUCUUCUGUUGUCCAGCCACAUCCUCAGUGCUCCAUUCCAGGAGCCUGUCAGCCCACUGGCUCGUCAUUACUACCAGAUCAUUAAGAGGCCGAUGGACCUAUCAGUGAUCAGGAGGAAGCUGGACCAGAGGAACACUCUUCACUACUUCACAGCCCAGCAGUUUGUGGACGACGUCCUACUCAUGUUCAGGAACUGUGCAACUUUCAAUUAUCCGGAUUCUGAGGUCGCCAACGCAGGUCGUAACCUGGAGGUGUUCUUCCUGUCCAAGCUGAGGGAGGUGUUUCCCAGCCAAGCCUUCCCCACGCUGACCCAGGACAGAGCGAAAAGGAACAGUCUUGCUUGGCUGAACAGGAAAAGGAGGGACUACCACAGGAAGAAGAAACGAGGUCACUUCCUUGACUUCUGAAGUGGUCUGGUGUAAUGUUGUAUGGUGACAAAACAUCUCACAUAGUUGUAUAUUUUUAAUAUUAAUUAAACCUUAGUCUGGCUAUAUAUAAAUACAUUAUUUUAUAAUCAAGGAAUGUAGACAUAUGGGAACUUUUGAUUCAUAAUUUGUGUUUUACAGUCUUGUCAAAUUUGAAGUGAUUAAAUGCCAAUUGAAUCCAUCGAUGGAUCUUUUGUUAAACCAUCAAUACUGAUAACAUCACGCACACAGUGAUCUUAAUAGCAACCAUUAUUGGCCACCGAUUUUGGCUGCGGAUGUCGGAGUUUACUCUUAGUCCUGAUUGCUGCCUUCAUUUUUCAUGACUAUUUCACCUUCCGCUGGUUUUAUCAUCAGACAAAUGGAAUCCUGCUAUUAUAGCAAUUUAUCUAUUUGACAAUCAUUCCUUACAACUGAAAUAAACUUAAUUUUCCUAGUUUACCACUUGGUUGAAGAUGGGAAGGUUACGACAACGACGUCAACAAUAAUGUGGAGGUUCUACCACUCUGAAUCAACCAUGGGACCAGCUAAAGAGUUGUAGCUACGCUGCCUAGGCAGCAAAAAGACCACAACCAUCUAGCCAGCUAGCUAAUGGUAGCAUAUAAGAUCAGUUGCGUCUAUUCAUGGCUGCCAAGGGAAGCCAGGUUUCCCCCCAAAAUUGACAAAAAACAAAAACAAAAAAAAGCAUUAAUGAAUUGACCUUUCGUCUCUGUGUUUCAUCAUUUUCCUUCAAUUCGCAAGAGACUGAAUGUAUCUCACCAGAGAAGCAUCCGAUCGAGUGAAACAGCACCUCUCUGUAUGUGUAGCCCAUCUAUCUGAUGCUGUCUGGUCAAAAAUAGUAUGAUAUUUUUGCUGCCCGUAGCAUUGAAUGCAUGGGAAGCCAGCACACAUUUAGCCUCCCUUGAUAUUUUUUAAAAUACAAUAAUAUCUAAUCAGCGUUGAGCUAAACUGAGUAAGCUCAACUGUGAAUGGUCCUGGCACACCACAUUUUUAAGUGUCAAGGGAAGCCAGUUUGAAUUUGGCUUCACACCAAUCACAUCAAGCCAAACAUAAUUUAUCAGAAAAUAAAUUGAAUUGUUGCAUCUCAUUGAGUUGAUUACCUCUGGUGGCUAGCUAGCUAGCUAAAAUUGUUCCUUUCCUAAAUUAGCCAUUGACAGAGAGAGGGAUUUGGACUUGUGGUUUUACUUAAUUAUCCGUACUGACCAAUGAUUAUAAUAGCGAUUCUGAUCCAACCAUAAAUUCAUACAUUCUGCCUCUGGCCUGAGAGAAUGGAAGUUCAAUAUGUAGCUAGAUGUAACAGUAGUAGGCGAAUGUUAACUAGCUGUCUAAUUGUUGUCCAUGAAAGGAAGUUAGGCUAGCCAGCAAGCAUUUUGGCCAGGUAGCCUAGGACAACAAAAACUAAAAGUGUGUACUGUAUGCCAGAGUCAUAAAACAUUUUGUUAACAUAAAAGAGUGGAGGAUGGCAUUGGCCGUAGGGUGAGUUAACAUGUUUUUUCCACUUAUGCACACACACACAGGAAUCAGUACCAUGGACAGCCAUAUUGUAGUUAGCUAACGUUGUUUGGACUAAAUUGUUUUUGGAAUCUUUUAGUUGUUACUGUAUUAGUAGACUAAGUAUAGGUGAAUUGAUGAUGUUGAAAUGGUGUUGGAACAGUGGAGGCAGUUGCGGUUUUCUUUGCAACUUGCAGUAACUCUCGGGUGUUCUAAAUCAAGUUGUUUAGUAGUCCAAAAAUGUCAGAAACAUUAACUUGCUUGACCAUGCUGUUGGUCAUGUAACUGUCUGUUACAUGCAGUGGUGUAAAGAACUUACAGUAAGUAAAACUACUUUAAAGUACUACUUAAGUAGAUU